AUGUCUUCUGCCCGCUAUUCCUCCCGAGCUUAUCUGUCAGCCAUGAAUUUCCCCCCGUUCGACGACAUCGACCCGCUCCUAGGCAAAUCCAACUUCCAGUCGUGGCGUUCCGCCGUGCAACCCAUCUUACUGACCAACCCACUCUCGUCCAGCCUGAUCCUCGGCGACUGGACGGAGCCCCAAGCCUCGAGCCUUGCCAAUGGCAACGGCAAUGGCAAUAACCUGUCCAGCUUUUCCAGUCGAGCCGACGAACGCGACCAACAAGGCUUCGGCUUCGACCUUGACCACGCCCGACGCGAAUGGCACCUCGCCAAUACCGCCACGUGCCGCUUCAUCCGUGCCACGCUGGCCAUGAAUGUGACGCCCUUUGUGCGCCAACACAGCACUGCCAAAGCCCUCUUCUUCAACCUCAUCUGGCUGUACGGCGACGAAGCUGGAAUCGACAUGCAAGGUGGGCCGCCUGUGCCGGGGGGUGUAAAGACAAACACAAACACAAACACAAACCAGAACAUGAGCAUGAACUUGGAUACGAACACGAACACGAAUCCAAACAUCAACAUUCGAACCUUGCAAAAGAACAGAGCUAGUCUCCUCGCCGCGCUGAACCAAAGCCCUGAAAGUAAUGGAGUGGCGGAAUACUUGGGCCCUACACUAUCUCUGCCUACACCAAGGACAACGUCGACAUCGACAUCAACGCCAACGUCAACGUCAACUCCAAGUUCGAACAGCGUUCCACCAAAUCCAAAGUCGAAUAUGCACUCCAGUUCGGCAUCGCUCCUCCCACCGAUCGUUGACGCCCAUGUCGAUGUCGAUGUCGAUGCAAGAGACCCUGUCCUUCAACGGCACGCUCCAGCUCCGACUCCGACUCCAGCUCCGACUCCAUUGACCAGAAUCCACAUCUACGAACGAAGCAGAAUUUCCCCCAGUCCGAGUCUGGAGACUAUCCACGAAGAACCUCAUCCGGGCCGACGAGUCUCAUUCGGUCAGGGAACCGCAACCGCAACCGCAACCGCUCUCACUAGAACUGGAACUGAAGACGACGCCGGUCGUGGCAGUAUUGGCAUCAGUAUUAGCCCACUCACUCUCUCUGACACCAGCUCGGUAGUCGAUGAUGUGCAGGACAUGAGCCGACUCGACGAUGAGUUCGCCCAUGACGCUGACGCUGACGCUGACGUCCACUUCGGCCGAAAGAACGACAUUGGCAUCAUCGGCAUGAACGCCAGCUCUAGGUCUGACGCAAGGUUUGGCUCUGGUUCUGGUUCUAGGUCUGAUGCAAGGUUUGGCUCUGGCUCUGGUUCUGGUUCGAGUUUGGGCAUCAUGUCCAUCUUCGGCCAUGCUCGAAACGGCAAAGCCAAGAAGCGAGACAAGUUCUCGUUCUCAUUCCCUCUCCGACGGCUGUCCAGGGAUCGAGGGGUGUCGUAG